CUGUGGUAGGUAACUUGGGCAGUUACUGCUUUGGCUGCAGUGAUACCUGCUGGGCAUGUGAAAGCUAACUAAAGCAUGGCAUCUCCCUGCGCUAGGCUUAGCUCUAGGUCAUUGCUCUCUUGCAGCUAUAUUACUUUGGGGCACGAGUGGCACCCAUCUCAAAUUAUUUAUCUAACAUGGAUUCACAGAAGGAUGUUCAGCCUCCAAAGCAGCAGCCGAUGAUUUACAUUUGUGGAGAAUGUCAUACAGAAAAUGAAAUAAAGGCAAGAGAUCCUAUCAGGUGCCGAGAGUGUGGGUACAGAAUAAUGUACAAGAAAAGGACAAAAAGAUUGGUGGUUUUUGAUGCCCGGUGAUGUGAGCUGAAGAUAUGGUGACUUUAUAUUGCAGUUCUAUAUAACAAUAUUUCUGUUAACUUUGCUCUGUAAAUUCUUUUGUGUACAAAUGCAUACUUUUAUUUGUGUUUUAAGAUUUUGAAAUUUUACACUUUAAUGUGACACUAAAUUUUGUACGUUGUACCUUCCAGUAAUAUAUUUCUCAAGUUGUGGCUUAAAUUGUAGUCAGAGUAUAUAUCAGUCUUCUAAAUUCAGUGGUAUUGUAUUAGCUUUUAAGUCGUGCUUAACCUUGUUUUCAUGACUCUCUCAUGUGAAUGUUAUGUGUACUUGAACUGUGUUAAAUGUUCUUUGGACUUAAAUGAAUUGCAUAAAAUAACCUUGAAUUGUGUAAAUUCCAUUGAAAAUAAAAGGAAGACUAAAUAAAGUUAGGUUUGAAACAAGUAUCUAGAUUUCAGAAGAGGAAAUCUCAGAGGACUCUAGAGCAAGUGAUUCAGGAAGUGAAGGAAUCGUGAAGGAAGUGUCAAAGAAUCAUCAUUCCCUCCAAAGAAGGGGUGAGGCAGGAAAGACAAAUUAAGAAGCAGUGUGUAAACAGAAAUUGCCAAACUGUUUUGUGGCUUGGUUGCUCCUAAGGAAAGAAGUAGGACUGUAGUAUAAGGGUAAUUUACGUGUGGUUCCAAACUGAAAUAACAUCCUGCUUUGCUUUUCAGGUGAAUUCUCAGGAGUUGUAUUUAUACAGCCAUCUUUCUACUGAAAACCUGUAUGGCCUUCAUAAUAAAACUUUAAGAUGGUUGUUUUGUA